GAGUGAACACUGUCACUUAACUUGAAACGUCUAAGUUAACAGGCGUACGUGAGGGGACGUGACGUCUGACGUCACUACACCCAACUGUUCAGGGCACGUAUCAAGAAAAUUCAAGAUGGCUGGACUUUAGCGAGGGAUGCAACGGAACGAAGAAAGGAGGAAAAACAUUUAUAUUCAUCAAAAAACCUGCACAACAACGAACAUUUUUUCGCCGUGCUGUUGCAAAAUUGACUUUUAUCUGUGUUUUGUGUUCCGGGGGGACCCGACUUCAGGAUUUCAAAGUUUCGCGCGCGAAGCGUACCAUAGAGCGGUUGGAUAUGAGAAGUUUGUCAUUCUGAGCAACAGUGUUGGUGAUUAUUUUGGAUUUGUGUGACCUCUUCUGCCCGCCCCAGUUCAAGAACAGAUGGAAGACUGCUCUUAACACCAAAACGGUUCAUAUUACUACACUGAAAUUUCAGCUCAUUUAAGUACACAUCAAGAUAUGGUUACUCCGCAGAAAUUUGUGCUCCGUGUAUGUGUUGCAACAGAUCUUGCCAUGAAGCUCAUUCUAACCGAGCGACCACAGUCAGUAGAAGAGCUCAAGAAUAUAAUGCAAGAGAAGUUUAAGCCAAGGCUGGACUGUGACUUUACCCUUCAAUAUGAAGAUCCUGACUUCGAUGGACAGCUCAGUGUUCUUAUGGAUAUUCAGGAGCUCCCUGAAAAAGGAACACUGAAAGUGGUGAGAUCUGAAAGUGAUGCAUCCUCCACUGGAAGCUCCGACACAGACAUACUUCCACAUGUACCUUUAAGACAGCGUCAGAAAAAUUGGCCAGAUUGUUUCCCUGUGCCAACUUUUUCUUAUGAAGUUGAGCAUGUAUGUGCACAGGGAAAUGCUGCCUUUGAAAGUUCUGGGAAGACAGUGAAAUUAACAAGAGCCCAAAAACACAAUAUCCUGGAAAACAUGGCUGAAACAAUGUACAAUUUCAAGCCAUAUCCGCAUGACAAGGAAGUUGGUAUGGCUGCUGAAGCUCUAAUAGCAGCUCAUCCAUGCCUUAGAGAACAUGGGAGUAAGAAUGGAUGGUAUGGAUGGAAGGUGGCCUUGAAGUUCAAGAUGGGGAAUUUUCGCACUAAGUUGGCCAGAUCUGGUUGUGCAGAGGUCUCCAUCAAUGCAGGCAAGAGGAGCCGAACCAACCCUGAAAAUGAUCAUCCUCAUUCGAACAUCAAAAGAGCCAGAAGAGCUGAGGUGAAUUUCCUGCCCAACUUUCCCAGGGGAGAGAAUGAGGCAACCUUGGAGGAAAUGAGAGUACAAAUCAUACAAGAGACUGAAAAGACUGAGAGAGACCAGAUACUGAUAGAAAAGCUCAUGCACACAACCUUUGCCCUUCGCCGCCAACACAUUGUUCAAGGAAGUCCACAGGUGCGGGAAUUCCUGGAGAACUGGCCGGCCUUGCGAAUGCAGUCACAGGUGUUUGCAGAGUUUCAUCGCAUUACAAACCUGAAUCUACGCAACCAGUUUUACUGUGAACUUGACCGAUACACACCAAAACUAGUUGCACUGUAUCGACAGAAGUCUUCAAGGACUGGAAAGGGAGCAGAGGCACUGCGAGAGAUGCUGAGAAUUUAUGACUUGGAGGAAGAACAUGAUAUCAACAUGCGACGCACUCUGGCUCUUCGUGCACUUCCAGUGUAUCUCCGGGAGGAUGACACUGAAUUCUACAAAACCUGUAAUGGUGAAGAUGAGAUGGAGACCACUGACACACCGCUAGCGAUCCUCUCUGUGGUCCCUGACUCCACUGGUUCCAUUAGCUUCAGCCCUGAGAACAUAUCCAUUGUGAUAGAGGAUGAAGUUGUUAUGAGCGAGCUUCCCAGGUUGGCUGAUGCAUUUGUGGUGCUGCUUGGUUUAAUCUAUGCAUUACACUUAGAUUAUCCAAAGAAGCUCACUCACACAUUCACAUUCAUCCAGAAAGUGCUGAUGUGUCUGGAUGAUAACAAACCACUGAAACCAUGCCUACUCUCCCUGAAAAAUGAUUUGUUAAAGGAAUAAACAAGCUGAGAAAUGCAUGCCUGCACUCAGCAGGCCAACAUUAUUACA